CUCUCCAACAAACCCAACAAAACCCCAAAACGAAAGCAACAAUCAAGCUCCAACAACUAACAACCAAAAUCAAAUAAUCCAAAAUCUCAGAGCUCAACAAUGACGUCUCAACUCGAAGAACAGCUCCAUCAUCUUCGAUCCAAAGCAACCGAGCUCUUGUUCAAAGAAGACUGGCCUCAAUACAUCAACCUCUACACUCACUUCAUCUCUCUCUGCACUCAAAACCCCCCAAAUCUCUACAAACCCCUACCCUUAGCUUUCUCCAAUCGUGCCGAGGCCCAUUACAAGCUCAAAAAUCUCUCUUCAGCCCUCGAGGACUGCAACCAAGCUCUCGAAAUCGACCCGUCUCAUCUAAAAUCCCUCAUUUGCAAAGGCAAGAUUUUACUCGACCUCAAUCGCUACUCUCAAGCUUGCGAUUGCUUUCAAAGGGCUUUGUCGGUGAACAAAUCUGAAGAGGUUGUUGGGCUUUUAGACCGCUGUAAGAAGCUCGAUGGGCAGUCGAGAACUGGGCAAAUCAAUGUCUCGGAUUGGUUGGUUAAUGGGUUUGAUGGGAAAAGUCCAGAGCUUGCAGAGUUUAUAGGGCCAGUUGAGAUCAAAAGAUCAGAUAAUGGAAGAAGAGGGCUUUUUGCUACUAAAGGGAUUGAAGCAGGUACAGUGUUGACCAUAACAAAAGCUGUGGUUCUUGGGAGAGGUAUCUUGCCCGAAUCUGAUAACGGGUCGGGAAAUAAUGCCCGAAUGGUGAUGUGGAAGGACUUCGUGGAUCGGAUCCUCAACGUUACUGAGAAAUGCAGCAGAACUUUAUACUUGCUCUACUUGUUAUCGACAGGAGAUGAAAGUGAUGAAGAAGCUUUCAGAAUCCCCGAUAUGGGACUAUUCAAGCCAGAAGCUGAAGAUGACAGGUUCGUUUUGGAGAACAAAGAGCCUGAUGUUGAUAGAAUUCUAAAGAUUUUGGAUGUAAAUUGCCUCAAUGAAGAAGCAGAGUCAUCCAAAGUUUUCGGCAAAAAGACUAAUGGCUCUUGCAGUGUUGGCCUCUGGGUGUUGCCAUCAUUUGUGAAUCAUUCUUGCAAUCCAAAUGUGAGAAGAUUGCAUAUUGGUGAUUAUUUAGUGUUACAUGCAUCGAGAGAUAUAAAAACAGGGGAGGAGAUCACAAUGGGCUAUUUCGACAUCCUACAACCAGUGAACAAGCGAAGAGAGUUAUCGAAAAAAUGGGGGUUUCAAUGUAAGUGUGAAAGGUGUAGGUUUGAGGAGAAGGUAGAGACAGAGAUUUUAGGAAAUGGGUACGAAUCUGAGGACACUGUGAUGAGAUUGGAAGAAGAAAUGAAGAAGAAAAUGAUGAGGAAGAAGGAGAGAGGGUACUUGAGGGCUUCAUAUUGGGGGGAUUACAUGAAUGUGUAUGAGUCGGAGAAGUCGAUGAGGUUGGGGAGGAGGAUUCCAGCGAUUGUGGUGGUGGCGGAGGGGGUGGCGGAGGCGGUCGGAGGGGACGAGAGAGUGUUGAGGGCGGCGGUCGGAGGAUCGAAAAGAAAUGGAGGAGGUGGCGGGAAUAAAUGGGUGGAGAUUGAGAGGUUGAUGAAGAUGGGGAGAGGGGUUUAUGGUAGAGUUGUGAAGAAACAGGGGAUGAGAGCUCUUUUUGAGUGGUUGAAUUGGCGAGCAGAGGUUUAAUUAGUAGUUUUUUUCUUUCUUAGUUCAUAUUUCAAAUUCGAGCAGAGGUUAAGACUCUUAACCACACAUUUGAUCUUUUUUAGGUGUAGGAUGUUAUGUUCUGGAUGCUAUUGGAUUUCUUUCAGAUAAACGUAACGUUGUGAUCAUUUGUUUUAUUAAUACUA